AUGGACGACGAUGACCUAGCCAAGAUCCGAGCUGCGCGUCUCGCUGAGCUCCAGGGCGGCGGUGGAGGAGGAGGAGGUGGUGGACAGGGUGGACAGGAUGAGCAGAAACAGAACGAAGCCGAAAGCCGCAAGCAAAUCAUCAGCCAAAUCUGCACGCCCGAAGCCGUCGACCGGCUGGGACGCAUCGCGAUGGUGAAAGCGUCACGCGCGACGGACCUCGAGAACCGGCUGAUCAUGCUUGCGCGCACGAACCAGCUGCGGUCGCGAGUUACGGACGACGAGCUGGUGAAGCUUAUCGGCAUGGUGGAUGAUAGCAAGAAGAAGGAGGGUGGAGGCGAUGGCGAGAUCGUCUUCCAGAGGAGGAAGGCCGUGUUUGAUGAUGACGAUGAUGAUUUCUUCGAUUAG